AUGGUAUCAUUUGUGACCGGUGAAUGUGGCACCGAGACUGUUUACAAACGGAGACGGACAACCGGCGUAUCUCUUCCAGCAGAAGCGCGCACACCGGCGCAGCAGCGGCACACUGCCCGGCACAGGAAACAGACACUCAUGUCCAAGUUGAGUGACUCCGGUUUUGAGGAAGACUUGGGAUCCUCCCCGAUUUCUUCCCCAUCUCGGAAAGAUGUUUCCCCGCUCUGUUCAGACGAGCCCCCUGCAGGACAGCUGUCCAGCUGGUACCUCCAGUACGGUGACAUCGGAUUCAAGAUCCAGAGAGAGAAAGAGGCCCACUUUCACCCCUGCAAGAGCUUGGCCCGACAGCCACAACUGACUGCAGAAGCACGGUGUAAGCUCGUCAGCUGGCUCAUCCCGGUACACAAACAUUUCCGUCUGUCCUUUGAGUGCUGCUGCCUGGCGGUGAACAUCAUGGACAGGUUCAUGGCCUCCACGCCGGUGGCUGCUGACUGCUUCCAGCUGCUGGGAGUAACCGCACUCCUUCUGGCCAGCAAACAGGUGGAGGUGUGCUCACCGCGGAUCAGCCAUCUCUUGUCACUGUGCUGUGAUGCCUUCACUAAGGAGCAGCUCUGCAACCUGGAGUGUCUCAUCCUCCUCCGUCUUAACUUCCGCCUCGCUGCACCCACCCUGGCCUUUUUCCUGGACUAUUACACCAACUGCAUUAAGGCUGCUCAGCUUGAGAUGGAGAACACAGGUAGUAACAGGCACAAAGUCCAGAAUCCAGACACAAAAAGACCCACGCAGUGCAGCAACCUCGCACAAAAGGUGUGCGAGUUGAGCCUGGCAGAUUAUGCUUUCAACAAAUACCCACCAUCUCUGACUGCUCGCUGUGCACUGAGGCUAGCCAGUGAGAUACUGAAAAUUGAAAAAGGGCUUGUUGAGCAUGUAACCAUCCAGUCACAGGAAGACCAUUUGGACAGUUUUGUGGAUGAACUACAUGCCGAACCAUCUGCGAGCUCUGAGCUUUCUGAGGGAGACUCUCAGGCAGUGAAGGGCCACUUCCUGUCUGUGAGUCAGGGCAGCUACAACCACAGUGUGGCCCAGGAAUGCAAAGACAACCUGAAGCUGCUGGUUUCAUUAAACCAGGAGACAUUGGAUGUGAUGUCUGUUAUGUGA